UGCCGUAGCGGUCCCUGGGCCGCCCGUCCCGGCCGGGUCGCUGUGGGUGCGGGGGGCGGCGGUGGCCCCGGUCCCGAGCCCCCCACCCGCCGCUCCGCAGCCGGGACCCCGCCUCGCCUGCAGCUGCUGCCGCCCCUCCCGGGGGCUCCGGCCAUGGCCAUGACAGGCCCUACACCGUGCUCAUCCAUGAGUAACCACACCAAGGAGAGAGUCACAAUGACAAAGGUGACAUUGGAAAACUUCUACAGCAACCUCAUAGCUCAGCACGAGGAGCGAGAGAUGAGACAAAAGAAACUAGAACAAAUGAUGGAAGAAGAAGGCCUAAAAGACGAAGAGAAAAGAAUCAGGAGGUCGGCACAUGCACAGAAGGAGACGGAGUUCCUUCGCCUGAAGAGAACCAGGCUUGGACUGGAGGACUUUGAGUCUCUCAAAGUAAUAGGCAGAGGAGCAUUUGGAGAGGUGCGCCUGGUGCAGAAGAAGGACACGGGGCACGUUUAUGCCAUGAAGAUCCUACGCAAAGCUGACAUGCUUGAGAAGGAGCAGGUUGGCCACAUCCGUGCAGAACGGGACAUCCUGGUGGAAGCAGACAGCUUGUGGGUUGUGAAGAUGUUCUACAGUUUCCAGGACAAGCUAAACCUCUACCUGAUCAUGGAGUUCCUGCCUGGAGGUGACAUGAUGACAUUGCUGAUGAAGAAGGACACUCUGACAGAAGAGGAAACUCAGUUCUACAUUGCUGAGACCGUGCUGGCCAUUGACUCCAUCCACCAGCUGGGAUUCAUCCAUCGUGACAUAAAACCAGACAACCUCCUCCUGGACAGCAAGGGCCACGUGAAACUCUCAGAUUUUGGUCUGUGUACUGGACUGAAGAAAGCCCACAGGACAGAAUUUUACAGGAACUUGAAUCACAGUCUUCCCAGUGACUUCACUUUCCAGAACAUGAAUUCCAAGAGGAAAGCAGAGACUUGGAAGAGGAAUCGCCGGCAGUUGGCUUUUUCUACAGUGGGAACUCCAGAUUACAUUGCUCCUGAGGUUUUCAUGCAGACUGGAUACAACAAGCUGUGUGACUGGUGGUCCCUGGGGGUCAUCAUGUACGAGAUGUUGAUUGGUUAUCCACCAUUCUGUUCUGAGACUCCUCAAGAGACAUAUAAGAAAGUGAUGAACUGGAAGGAGACCCUGACAUUUCCUCCAGAGGUUCCAAUCUCUGAUAAAGCAAAGGAUCUUAUUUUAAGAUUUUGCUGUGAAUGGGAGCACAGAAUUGGUGCAUCUGGUGUGGAGGAAAUAAAGAGUAACCCAUUCUUUGAAGGGGUUGAUUGGGAGCACAUCAGAGAGAGACCUGCUGCGAUUUCCAUAGAAAUUAAAAGCAUUGAUGAUACCUCAAACUUUGAUGAAUUUCCAGAAUCUGACAUCCUUAAACCAACAGUGGCAACAAGCAACCACCCAGAGACAGACUACAAGAACAAAGACUGGGUUUUUAUCAAUUACACCUACAAGCGUUUCGAGGGCCUGACAGCCCGAGGAGCAAUUCCAUCCUAUAUGAAAGGAGGGAAGUAACACAGCUUUACCUGGGACUUCUGAGCUGUGGAAUUCUGUUGCUGUACUUUGGGUUUAUACCCAUAAAGGAACGUGUUCUUUUUUUUCAAAGAAAACUUGAGGGCUAUCAACUCUUGGAGAAGACUUCAGGACCCUGUUUUGUUACACACCUGGUUGUUAUUAAGGAUUUUUUUUUUCCCUGCGCCAUUGAAAAAUUCCACAUGUUUGCAUCAUCUCUGCUGCCAGCACCUUUUGCUGCUUCAGGAGCAAGUUUUUUUUUAUAUUCUUUGCCAGACUGUCCAGUCCAUUGGGAGAUGACAGCAAGCUUUCCCUUUGGCAUUGCAAACCACGGGAUUCCAUAGGACUGCAUCCAGUCCUGCAUUAAGUGACAAACUCACUCUGCCAAUUCUGCCAGCACUGUUUGCCCAGCAGUUGAGGACUCCAGGACAGAGGAAACAAAGCAAUAAUUGAAGCUUGAGACAGACAACUCUCCAGGAAACUGUCUAGCAGAAGGACAAAACUCAGAUUGCCUUAACCUUACUUUGUAGUGCUGUUUUUAUAAUGCUCCCUGGAAGCCUCUUCAAUAGCAUUUCUCAGCUCUGUCACUGUGGCCCCCAGUUCUGGUGCACUUUACUUUUGGUACUAAGUGACCCUCAAGCCAUUUAAUAUUUUUUCUAAAUUAAAAAUUUUUGCAACACUUUUUCCUUCCUAAAUAGAGGAGAAAUGGGCCAUUUCCCUCCACUGAGUGCUGAGUUUUUGGUUACUGUAUGUCAGGAUGGAUCCAUAAACAAUGCAGAUAAACUACAGCUGGUCACAUAAGUAGGUCUGGAAUUAGAGCAGAGGGAGGGAAUUCCAGGAACCUGAUCCUUGGUGGGCAAAUUGUGCACAGCUGGGCCAGCCCUGAGGUUCCCCAGGCUGGCUGCUGCUGUUUCUCAGCCACCUCUGAGCUCUGCUGCAUCUUCAGUGGUUUAAAGGCCAAAUCCAUCUUCUGUGGCCUUUUUGCUGUUGGUUUUGAGCAGAACAGGAUCAGAAUGUUGCUGAUGGAGCCUGCCUGGUGCUCCCUCACAGAGCUGCUCUUGCUGUCCUGGCUGUACCAUCUGUACCCAGAGUGUUCCAUGGAUGGUGCUCAUGGGGUCACUUUUGGGGCACUGGAACCCACCAUGUCCACUCAUUGAUUGUUGCCUACUCUAUUUACAUACAUUCAGUUCUGAUCAGGGUCUCUCCAGGAGAGCCCCAAAGUGCCUUUCCUUGCCUAAGCCUCUCUCAGAACACGACAGCAUUUUGAGAGGGAGGAUUCUGCCUCAGCUGAGCUUUUCCUAAUUUGUUUUUCUAACCACAAGCUCCACGUUGUGCCCAUUUGUAGUUAACUCUGUGCUUCCAGGGGCAGAUGGCAUUAACCCAUGGGCCUACAUGGUUCCAGUCUGGUAUUUACAAUCAGAUAUUAAAAAUACAAUUCAAUGAGUUUUCUAAAAGCAUGUCUCAAUUCAAAUUGUCUUGGAUUCCUGCAAACUUCUCUUGGUGCUGAACACUAACUCUGGAGUACAAAUAAGACAAAGCUCCAGUGAUGUCUUAUAGGAAAAAAAAAAAAAAAAAGAAAGGCUUCCAGGUCUGUUUAGUCUUGACUUUCUUGAUUAGAAAAUGAAACAAAAAAAAGGCUUCCAGGUCUGUUUAGUCUUGACUUUCUUGAUUAGAAAAUGAAACAAAAAAAAGGCUUCCAGGUCUGUUUAGUCCUGAUUUUCUUGAUUAGAAAAUGAAACAAAAUGGAUUUGUAGUGUAACUUUUUUUUUAUAUAGGUGCUUUUAGGGAAUGUUUACCUAGAUGUCUCUUGACUCGAGUGCCAUCCCCAAGGACAGGUGGGGGACUGCCAGUACUGUACAGAACUCAUCAGGGUCCUCCCCUCACCACCCCUGUGCUUUUUGUACAUGUCCUAUGAGUUCAUGACUUGCCAUAAGCAGUUCAGACAGCAGCUGGAUCCUAGCAAGCUGAAAUGCAAAACCAGCCUUAAUUAGAAGUCCCAGGAUCUCUGUAGUCAGAAGGGCUCACUCGGAUGGAUAAGGGCUCAUGGAAGGAAUGACUUACAGGAUCAGGCUUUCAACAACUCAUCCCUACAUCACUUUCUGCUCCUUUUUAACUUUGCAUGAAGGACUGAUACCAGCUUCUCAAACUGUUCCAUCCUUAUCCUGCAGUUUCUUCUAGCCAUUUGAAAAUGUUGCCUUAUAAACCAUUGGAAUUAAUGUAAGACCAUUUUUCUUUCAAUUCUUAACAGCUUAGUUACUGCCUUAAAAUAAAAACAAAAAUAAAAAUCCUUUGAAGCUGCUGUAGAUUAGGAACAAAUGAUUUUGAGAUAAUAGCUGUAUUCUUAGCCCUUUACUGAAAGGGACCAGCAUUUUUAUUUAUAAAUACCAAAGAAGAAGCUAAACAAUUUUAAGUUGUGAUAAGUUGCUGUGAAAAACCAACUCUCUAGUACUGUGUAUUGUGCAUUUUUAGUGCUGUGUUUGAAGUGGGACCCCUCAGCUGUGUCACUGGAGUCCAAGGUGAAGUUUUCAAAGGCAUGAGGAGCAGUUGGGUACCUCAUUCCUGUCGUCUUCCAGCAAAAGUUGGAUGUCUUUGAAUCCAACACCUUUGCAGUGGGAGGUUCUGUAUCCCAGGUGCACUGCAAGCCUGCAUCCUGUUCCAGUUUUGUACCAACAUUAGGGAAAAAAGUGUCUCCUACAGUGUCUCCUUCCCAGGAUCCACACUUCACUGCUAACAGUAAGGAUUUUGUAUGCCUGAUACAUCUCCCAUGGUAGCCAAACAUUUUUACAUUUUUUGUGUUUUGAGGUUCUUAGUAUCUUUUACCUCUUUCUUUUUUUUUUUUUAAGCUGCAGUUGCUGGAGUUGUAGAAGUAAUUCCAGUCUGAAUUUCCAAUGGAUCUGAACACCUUAUGCUGCCAGUUCAUCUCUGUAUCAUGCCUAGCACAAAGCUGCACUAAGUGUUUCUUAUCACUGUGCCCUGACUCUGCCUUAACCUCGAAGUUGAAAAAGUGUUCUGUAAAUAUUUAAAAGCUGUUACAAAAUUGCACUGUACAAUUUGGCAGGUGUAGUCAACUUUUUAUGGAGCGAUCUCAUUGUGUUGUGUAAAUAAAAUCCUCUUAGU